AAAUAAAAAGUAAUUAAUUAUUUAAAAAAUAUUAUCAAUAAUUAGAAAUAAAGAGAUUAUCAAAAAAUACUAAAGCAACGCUAUUAAAAAUUAAACACAGUUAUUUAUCUAAUUUAAAUUACUUGCGUUAAAAUGGAGGCAGACAAAUAUUUGUAUAAAGAUGUAUUUAAGGCUCAUAGUCCUAUGCUGAAUAACUAAUGCCAAACUGUUAAAAUAGACUUUCCAAUAUAUGAGCAGAUUUCUUUGUAAUCUUAAGGUUCGAAAUACUUUAUACCAUAGAGAUAAAAUUCUAAUGAUUAUUUUAUUAACGGAGAUGCAAAUACUCCUGAAAUUCGAGAAAAAACAACCAGUCUACCUACCCAAUUGUAACAACAAAAAAGUGCGUUUUAAUUUUCUGACAACAGCAGCCUAAAAAGUUCUUAAAUGUUAAGUAGUCCUAAAAAUGCAUAGACUCUUUAUAAUUUGAAUUCCUUUACUUCUAUUUCUACUUAGAGCUCAGGCAACAAUAGCUAUCCUUAUAAUUUUUCUUAAUAAAAUAAAUAAUAAAAAUAUGAUGCAAUAAUAGAUAAUAAAGUUCAAAGAGCCUGCUCUUAAUCAUGUAAGCCUACAGAUUUAUUAGAACAAAAUGGGUUAGCGAUGUCUAAUACUUUUUAAAAAAAUAUGAUUUCAUAGAGCUAAAUGAAUGAAAAGACAUGUUUAUAGCCCUAAAAUAGCUUUAAUUAAACCAGAAAUUUUAAUAUACCACCUACAAGCAAUAAUAUACUCAACUCACUAUAGUAUAAAGGCUACAAAAGGCAAGCUACUGCAGAUAAUCUUAUAUAGCCUUAAGAUUUAAGAAAUCCAAAUAAUUUAGGUGUUUAUAUACCUAGUUACACCCAAUAGGAAAAUCUGAAUUAAACAAAACAUCUAGAUAACUUUAAUUUAACAAAAAUAAAUAACAGAGCUGAAUUUAAUUAAAGCAGUAGUUAAUAAAAAUUUCUUUGCUAACCCAAUAAAGUAAUUAACUUUAUGUCUGAGAGAUUGAAUAAUUUUUAAACGUAACAAAAUUUUUACUCUUAAAACACUAAAACUUAGUUCGGAUCUCCUAUAUUAACUCAUGAUUUUAAUCCUAAAGCUAACUCUGAUAAAAAAAUGACUAAUUAACAUGAAUUCGUGCAGAGUGGAUUUGUAAAUUCAGAACAAGUGGAUAAUAGCAUCAAUAGAGAUGAGUCUUAGAAGAAAGAAUAUUUAAAAAAAAUGAUAGAAAACAGAUAAAAAGAGCUUUAAUAACUUAAGUAAUAGAGCUUGUAGCUCAGAUAAAAUUCAAUAGAUUCCUACAAAGAAAUAAAUAAAAAAAUUAAAGAAACUAACAAACAAUAAAAAAUAAAUUAAAAUUUUUAAUCAUCUGCCAAACUUAAUACAUAUAUUUUAGGUCGUAUAAACGUCUAAGGCGAAUACUAGUAAUAAUAAGAUUAAAAAAGUUUAUUAAAAAAUGAAAGUAACUUCCCAAGCUGA